AUGAUGAUGAAUCUUCAUACAUCGUCAUCAUCAAUUUAUUUAUUUGGUAUAAAUUUAUCUGGUUAUAAUCGUUUAAUACAAUUUUUAUUAACAUCAACAGCUGUACUUAUUUUUCAUGUUAUUCAAGGAUAUAUGCAGGAAUUAAUUUUACAAUUAAAAUCAUUACGACUUUAUCCAAAUUAUUUUACACUCGUUUAUUUUGUAUGUUUUACACUUUUGGCAUAUAUAGAACAAUUAUUAUUUGAACGAACAAUAAAAAGACGAAAAGCACCUAUUCAAACUUAUGCUGUAAUUGCAUUGUUUACUCUUGGUACAAUGGGUUUAAGUAAUGCAGCUGUGAUGCGUCUUAAUUAUCCAACUCAUAUGAUGUUUAAAAGUUGUAAAUUAAUUCCAGUUAUGAUUGGUAGUAUGUUGAUAUUAGGUAAAGAUAAAUUUCAAUAUUGUUGA